AGUCAGACACGUAUUCAUGCGCCUAACCCGAAACACUUGAUCCCAACCUCUACUCCUUUUUAUAGCCCGUCACAUUCUAGUCUGCAAUUUCCACUUUCCUUCUUACAUUUAAGCUUAAGUAUGAGCACCGAAACAGUGGUCGAGUUUUUGGGCAACGUUCCAUUGCUGCAGAGAUUACCGAGUUCUUUGUUCAGAAAAAUUGCUGAAGUCGUAAAUUUUAAGCACUAUGAGAAAGGACAUUAUGUCGUUCGUGAAGGUGAAGUUGGAGAUGGAAUAUAUUUUGUAUGGGAAGGAGAGGCUGAAGUCUCUGGAUCAGUCCAUGCUGAGGAGGAAAACCAACUUGAGUAUCAGUUGAAAAAAUAUGAUUACUUUGGCAACGUUGCUUCCACAUCUGUUCAUGUGGCAGAUGUAAUCGCUUUAACUAAGCUAACCUGCCUGGUGCUACCUCAUCAACACUGUGGUUUGCUUCAGUCAAAAUCUAUCUGGAGUGCAGAUAAGACACUUGAGACCUCUGCACUUGUGGAAAGCAUAUUGCAUUUGGAGCCAAUAGAACUGAGCAUAUUCCAAGGAAUUACUCUGCCAGAUGCACCGAAAUUUGGGAAGGUCUUUGGAGGACAGUUGGUUGGACAGGCACUGGCUGCAGCUUCAAAAACUGUUGAUUCUCUUAAAAUUGUCCAUAGUUUGCAUUCUUAUUUCCUUAUGGUUGGGGAUUUUAAUAUACCAAUAAUAUAUCAAGUUAAUCGUCUACGUGAUGGUAGAAACUUUGCUACCCGUAGAGUAGAUGCAAUACAAAAAGGAAACAUCAUAUUCACAUUACUAGCUUCUUUCCAGAAAGAAGAAGAAGGCUUUGAUCAUCAAGAAACAAUGAUGCCAUCUGUGCCAGCUCCAGAUGUGCUUCUGUCAUUGGAUGAGCUACGAGAAUUACGUCUCACUGAUCCCCGUCUUCCUAUGAGUUAUCGAAAAAAGGUUGCCACAACAAAAUUUGUUCCUUGGCCCAUAGAAAUAAGGUUUUGUGCACCUAACACUAACACAAACCAGACUAAAUCUGCUCCGAGUUUGAGGUAUUGGUUUAGAGCCAAAGGAAAACUUUCAGAUGAUCAAGCUUUGCACAGAUGUGUAGUGGCAUUUGCUUCAGAUCUGAUAUUUAGUGGUGUCAGUUUGAAUCCACACCGCAGAAAGGGUUUUAAGUCAGCUUCCCUUAGCCUGGACCACUCGAUGUGGUUCCAUCGGCAUCUUAGGGCUGACGACUGGUUAUUGUUCGUGAUACUGAGUCCUACAGCCUGUGUCACUCGCGGCUUUGUUUCAGGCCAAAUGUUUAACAGAAAGGGAGAGCUUGUUGUAUCAUUAACUCAAGAAGCACUGCUUAGGAUGGUUAGGUACCCCAACCCUCCGGCUGUAUCAAAGCUUUGAACAACUCUAUGAUAUUUUUUGCAUAAAGCUUUUAUGAUCAUAGCUGUAAUGUAAUAUAGCAGGAAAUUGGCACGUAGCUGUUUUUACCCUUAGCAUCCGAAAUAAUACGGGUAAUAAUCAACUUUUUCAACAUACUGAUGGAUUAAUCCUCCUUAAUUUGAACCUUAUUUAUUAUACGACGAUCCAAAGACGAAGUAUAGUGGCGUGGCCGCAUGGGUUUGAAUGAUUUUAAGUAUUGCAAUUUCUCUCUUCCUUCUUGCUUUUAGUGGACUUGGAUCACAUUUUACUUAUGUUGAAAAUUUUAGAAUGCAAAUUUGAUCCUUAUUAUAUUAAGGGAUAAAAGGCAAAGUUUACUAGUACUAGUAAUUGUAUUAUUAUAUAUAUAUUAUGGUCUUAAUUUUUUUCCUUUUGAGAAAAUGAAACCCAAUCAAUGAAGAGUAUAUUUUUUUAU